AUGCUGGGUCAACGUGAAGAUUCUAAUCUAGACGAUCACAGGCUCGAUGAAACGUUGCCACAAGUUCUCAAUUUCCCACCAGAAGCACUGAGCGUAAGGUUGAUUUGGGUGGCAGCGACCCCAAUACCAGUGCCAUCGCAUGCUCCGUCGAAAACCCAAGAGUGCUACCAGUUAUACGUGGUGAGGAAAUGCAUGAGAGCAAUCAAAAACCUGAUAAUUCGUGCAGAAGCUGACAAGACACCAGUCACCAACGCAGACAUUGCUGUAGCGAUCUUGAAUGUGGAUACAUUUCGUGCUGAAGAAAUCCAGAUUAUGAGCGAUUGGCACAAAAGCUCAAAACUUGUUGCCAAGACAAGAUCCUUGAUAUCAUGGGUCAAAAGUGUUGAACCUGAUAACCCAGACGAGGUAGAAGAACGUGCUCAAAUUUUGAAAGAUAUCGCGUUAUGGGCACGUGAAGCUCUAUCAAUCCAGGCGGGCAAUGUGUCGGAUUUGCAGAAAUCGCUCGAUUUUGUGACCAAGGUUGGUUAA